AUGGAGGCGCACAUUGCAGUCUCUCCUCCUCUCGACGUCUUCAAAAUCACCAACACCGCUCUCCAAUCUCCACCUUCCCCCGUCUCCCAAUCCACAAAACCUACCCUGAAACUCUUGGCUUACUUCUGUCUCUGCCUUGCCCUCCCUUCCCCACUUUGUAAACCGAUGGCUGGAACACGGAACCCACGAACUCCUAACAAUCAACGAAAAAAUCUGCCAGCCAUACCUACCGAUACGGAAAAAGAUAAUGCUGGAAGAGGUAGUAGAAAAGAAAGAGAGGACAUGUAUAUAGGGGGUGGGGAUGGGUAUAAUAGAGAUGCAGAAUCAUCACAGCCUGGAUUGGAUGAUAGCGAAUACGCAAGACAAAAACGAAUGCCAACCUUCAAGAAAGACAGUUCCAGCCCUGCCGGUACGGGCAUUCCCCGACCACCAACAAAGGAUAGCAAUUACGCUUCAUCCACACCUACCACUCGCUACACUCCACACUUGACACCCGCAACACCAACAAAGCACAAGUCUCCGCGCAACAAGAACAAGACCCUGUUUACCCUCCCACGAUUGCUUAAACGACCAAAACCCGCGCCUUCGUCAACGCGUAGUGAUUCCACGACGAAUACACUCCCAAAGCUUCCUGAUCUCAUUCGAACCUCGCCUAUAGCCCAACAGCUUCCAUCAAAUUUCUUUCCGCGAGGAUAUACCUUGGACGACGAUGAAUCAUCUGACGCUCAGACAACGCCCGAUUUGACAAUGGACGAUUUGUAUCAUUUAGUAUUGAACAUGCAGAAAGGGUUCCAGGAAUUGAUGUUGAGGAGAAGUCAAGCGGGUACUGCUGCUAGUGUUAGAAGUGCUACGAGAGAAAUGGACAAGUAUGCCGAUACUGGCAGGUGGUUCCAUAACGAAUAG